AUGCUUCUCUCCCUAACCGCCAUGCUUCUCUCCCUAACCGCCAUGCUUCUCUCCCUAACCGCCAUGCUUCUCUCCCUAACCGCCAUGCUUCUCUCCCUAACCGCCAUGCUUCUCUCCCUAACCGCCAUGCUUCUCUCCCUAACCGCCAUGCUUCUCUCCCUAACCGCCAUGCUUCUCCCCCCUAACCGCCAUGCUUCUCCCCCUAACCGCCAUGCUUCUCUCCCUAACCGCCAUGCUUCUCUCCCUAACCGCCAUGCUUCUCUCCCUAACCGCCAUGCUUCUCUCCCUAACCGCCAUGCUUCUCUCCCUAACCGCCAUGCUUCUCUCCCUAACCGCCAUGCUUCUCUCCCUAACCGCCAUGCUUCUCUCCCUAACCGCCAUGCUUCUCUCCCUAACCGCCAUGCUUCUCUCCCUAACCGCCAUGCUUCUCUCCCUAACCGCCAUGCUUCUCUCCCUAACCGCCAUGCUUCUCUCCCUAACCGCCAUGCUUCUCUCCCUAACCGCCAUGCUUCUCUCCCUAACCGCCAUGCUUCUCUCCCUAACCGCCAUGCUUCUCUCCCUAACCGCCAUGCUUCUCUCCCUAACCGCCAUGCUUCUCUCCCUAACCGCCAUGCUUCUCUCCCUAACCGCCAUGCUUCUCUCCCUAACCGCCAUGCUUCUCUCCCUAACCGCCAUGCUUCUCUCCCUAACCGCCAUGCUUCUCUCCCUAACCGCCAUGCUUCUCUCCCUAACCGCCAUGCUUCUCUCCCUAACCGCCAUGCUUCUCUCCCUAACCGCCAUGCUUCUCUCCCUAACCGCCAUGCUUCUCUCCCUAACCGCCAUGCUUCUCUCCCUAACCGCCAUGCUUCUCUCCCUAACCGCCAUGCUUCUCUCCCUAACCGCCAUGCUUCUCUCCCUAACCGCCAUGCUUCUCUCCCUAACCGCCAUGCUUCUCUCCCUAACCGCCAUGCUUCUCUCCCUAACCGCCAUGCUUCUCUCCCUAACCGCCAUGCUUCUCUCCCUAACCGCCAUGCUUCUCUCCCUAACCGCCAUGCUUCUCUCCCUAACCGCCAUGCUUCUCUCCCUAACCGCCAUGCUUCUCUCCCUAACCGCCAUGCUUCUCUCCCUAACCGCCAUGCUUCUCUCCCUAACCGCCAUGCUUCUCUCCCUAACCGCCAUGCUUCUCUCCCUAACCGCCAUGCUUCUCUCCCUAACCGCCAUGCUUCUCUCCCUAACCGCCAUGCUUCUCUCCCUAACCGCCAUGCUUCUCUCCCUAACCGCCAUGCUUCUCUCCCUAACCGCCAUGCUUCUCUCCCUAACCGCCAUGCUUCUCUCCCUAACCGCCAUGCUUCUCUCCCUAACCGCCAUGCUUCUCUCCCUAACCGCCAUGCUUCUCUCCCUAACCGCCAUGCUUCUCUCCCUAACCGCCAUGCUUCUCUCCCUAACCGCCAUGCUUCUCUCCCUAACCGCCAUGCUUCUCUCCCUAACCGCCAUGCUUCUCUCCCUAACCGCCAUGCUUCUCUCCCUAACCGCCAUGCUUCUCUCCCUAACCGCCAUGCUUCUCUCCCUAACCGCCAUGCUUCUCUCCCUAACCGCCAUGCUUCUCUCCCUAACCGCCAUGCUUCUCUCCCUAACCGCCAUGCUUCUCUCCCUAACCGCCAUGCUUCUCUCCCUAACCGCCAUGCUUCUCUCCCUAACCGCCAUGCUUCUCUCCCUAACCGCCAUGCUUCUCUCCCUAACCGCCAUGCUUCUCCCCCCUAA